AUGGCGGCGUUUUUGCUGAUGUUGGCGGCGGCGGCUCGUCAGCUCGGGCGGAGGCGCGGAAGGAGGGAGGCCGAGGACGCGUUUGACAUGCCAGAGGAUGUGUUUCGGCAGCACUUUCUUCUGAGGAAGGAAACUGUGCGGUGGCUGUGCGACGAAGUGGCGGAGGAGCUCGGAGGCGUGCGAUCAACAACGCUGUCGGUGGAGCGACAAGUGUGCGCGUUGCGUUUCUUCGCGACGGGCAGCUUUCAGGGGUCCGUAGGGAGCGAGGAGACAAUUGGCGUGACGCAGCCUGCGGUGAGCAAGUGCGUACGACGCGUGGCGGAGGCAAUCGUUCACGCCGGGACCUGUAACAAGUGGGUCCACAUCCCUAGGACGUCGGAAGAAAAGUCGGCCGUGAAAAAAGGGUUCCUCCGACGCGGCUGCAUUCCCGGCGUCAUCGGCUGCGUGGACGGCAGCCUUAUUGCCAUCAUCGCACCGAAGGGCGACAACAAGGCGGCAUACAUGUGCAGCAAAGGCUUCUAUGCCCUUGACAGCAUGUUCGUAAGUGACAGCGGCUACCUCCUGGAACCGUGGCUCCUGACUCCGGUCCCAGGCCAUCCUCCCACUUACAUUGCAGAAGGCAGGUACAACACUGCACACGCUUCCAUGCGGUCCGUAGUGGAGCGCUGCAUUGGACUUCUGAAGAGCCGCUUCCACUGCCUUCAGAGCAUCCGGUGGAAGCUGACGGCCUCCAAGUUUGAUGCCUCCGCCAGCUGCCCCUGCCUGGCUUAUUCAGCUGCUGCCCUGAAGGCCGCAUCCUCCAGUGGCUGCUGCUGUCGAGGUGGCCUGCGGGGCUGCUGCUGA